GCAGCAGCAGCAGCCGCAGCCGCUGGGGAAAAGGCGUCGCAAUGACGUUCACAGGAGCGGAGUUGUAGAAAAAUCCCUCAAACAACAGAUCACAAAGUUUCAACAGGAUCCGGCUCAGAGUUUCUACUCCGUCGCCUUCAACCGAAUCAUGGAUGAAUUAUCUUUGGAAGAUGCUUUGGGUCCUGAUCCUUCCAGUGCUGACAAAUUAAAAUCUGAUGGUAAAAAUUCACAACCAGGAUGGCCGACCCCACAGCCUGGAUCUUGGCCUGGACAGCCUGGGCCUGGACAGCCUGGGCCUGGACAGUCUGAGCCUGGGCCUGGACAACCUGGACCUUGGCCUGGACAGCCUGGACCUUGGCCUGGACAGCCUGGACCUUGGCCUGGACAGCCUGGACCUUGGCCUGGACAGCCUGGGCAACCUGGAUCUUGGCCUGGGCAGCCUGGAUCUUGGCCUGGGCAGCCUGGAUCUUGGCCUGGGCAACCUGGACAGCCUGGCCCUUGGCCUGGACAGCCUAGUCCUUGGCCUGGACAAUCUGGACCUUGGCCUGGACAGCCAGGCCCAUAUGCUGCACCUAUGCCUGCUCCUUUUGGUUCACCUGGAGUCCCGAAUCAACCUGGCCAAGGAAGCGCUGCAUUGUCACUACCUUAUGAUCUUGCCACCCCAGGAGGUUGGGUGCCACAGAAAAUUAUCAAGAUAUUGGGAACUGUCAAAAUGAAUGUUGACAAUUUUGCCAUCAACGUGCACUGCGGCCAGGAUAUUGCAUUUCACUUCAGUGCUCGUUUUAGGGAGGGUGGUCGUCACCAAGUAAUGGUUCGUAAUAGCAAGAUCAACAAUGCUUGGGGUGGAGAAGAAAGGGUGGCACCAAGGUUUCCAUUCAAACAAGGAGAAAGAUUUGAAAUACUAUUACUUGGUGAACCAAAUCAAUACAAGGUUGCUGUGAACAAUCAACAUUUGCUGGAAUUCAAACAUCGUUUCAAGACUUUGCAAGAUGUUACCAGGGUUUCUGUCUGUGGUGACAUUAUUCUGCAUGCAAUGUUUAUGCAAUAAGCACCUGGAAAUUAUUUAAUGUGGCUACCAGUACUUCCUACAUAUGUGCAAACACUGAUACAUUUUACUAUUCAUUGAUUAUUCUAAUGUUCAAACUAACAGUUGUUUUGGAUUGAUUAGAAAGCUGUAACACAACUGAGUAUUCUGAUUGAUUCCCAAACUUAGAAUGAAGCUGAAAAUGUUUGUUAAUUGCAUUUUUUUACAAUGCUGCUGCCACUGAAGCCAUUCCAGAACUCAGAGUUGUAACAAUAGGCCAUCAAGUCCAAGGCAGUAUUUCCCCAAAUGAAAUAUCUUGUCUAAUCCCACAUCCUGCUUGUUUUCCUUACUAUUUAACAUUCCUCUCUUCAAGCAACAUCUAAUUGUUUUUAAAAUAAUUCAUGCACUCUUUAUCAUGGUUGAAAAGUUCACAUUCUGACUGCUUUCUGCAAAGGAAUUAUUUUCCAACCUCCCAUUUACUUAUGUGAUUAUGUUAAAGUUGUCUUCUGGUAGUUUUGCCAACCAAUACAAACGAUCUGUUAUUAUUUAUCUCCAUUGUCACCCUUUAGAGUCUUGUAGACCUUUAUCAGGCCAUUCCUUAACCUUCUCAGCCAUGAAGGGAAAAAAAAGUCCUAAAUUCUCAAGUCUCCUUUUUUCAUAAUUGGAACUUCUUUUAUCUAGCACCAUUGUAGUUAAUUUAAGUUGAACAUCUUCCGUUAUUUUUGUAACUGCAACUAUAACAGAACUCAUCCAAUUAUUGCAGCCACAGCUCUCUCCAACGCAACUGUUAUUUUUCCAUGGUGUAUCUAGCUUUGUAACUUUGUGUAGCUCACCGUAGUAUCUUGAUUUUAGCAUCUUCCAAAUAUGUCGACUAAGACAGAACAUCUGGGUACAAUAAUAUUGUGAUAAAAUUGAGGACCAUGAUCAUACGUGUCGUGUGACCAAGCUUUAUAUUUGCUGAUUUAAUAAGUAAAAAUGACAAAGAUGUAUUGCCAGUUCAGAGUGGAUCAGUUUGUCAUCAUGAAUGUUAAGAUUGCUAUUAUUUAAAUAACAUGGGGGCAGGGAAAGGUGUAGAAAUUAAUUUGUGCCUGAAGCGCUGAGCCUGAGAUGCACCCGAUGAUGGGCCUGACGCCUGAUUUAACUGAGAGUGUCGGGCUGCAGACACCUAUCUGGAUUCCUUAGGCAGCUUGCUGGGGAAGAGGCUUUGAUUAUCAGACCGCUGCAGGCAUCAGGUUAGUUGCUUAAAGGGGAAGGUGAUUGAUCCAGGGUGGAGGUGGUGCAUGAGGGCUGCGAGGGGAAAGUGAGUAGGAGUGGGUUGGAUGUUGUGAUCGGUUUUGGAGAGAUGGCCUACACUGGUAUACGUUGCUAAAGCUACCAGCAACUUUCCAGUAUCUAACACGUGGCCAUUCUGCAUAUGAGUUAAGAAAAUGAGAUUUUGAGGCUAUUAAACAAUGGGGGGGUUCGCCUGUACCUGAUCUUAUCCAUAUGGACAUGCCAUAAGGAACCACUGAGUAGUAAUCCAGAGCCGGAAUUCUGUCUCAUUUUUCUCUUUCCCUAAUUCUGGGGCGUUGGGGCCAGUUUCUGAGUUCUGCCACUAUCUGGUUAAGAUCAACUAAUUCAGCACAGAAUAGGAAUCCAAUCUGCGAUCUCCCUGGAAUAAUGAGGGGAUUAUCGAAUAAGGAGGUUGAGUAGAUUAGGCCUAUAUUCUAUGGAGUUUAGAAGAAUGAGAGGCGAUCUAAUUGAAUCAUAAAAUUCUUAAGGGGGCUUUACAAGAUAGAUGCUGAAAGGAUAUUUCCCCUGGCUGGGGAAUCUAGAAAAUGGGAUCACAAAACUGGCUGAGCCAUUUAAAAAUGAGAUGAGGAGAAAUUUCUUUAAAAGAUUCUGAUUCUUUGAAAUAUACUAACCCAAAGAGGUCUGGAUGCUGUCAUUGAGUAUAUAAAAGAUAGAAGUUGAUAGAUUUUUGAAUACGAAGAAAAUUACGAGAUUUGGGAUUUAAGGAGAUAGAGUUGAAGUAGAACAACAGCCUUGAUCUUGUUAAAUGAUGGAGCAGGCUCGAAGGGCCUUCUCCAAUUCCUGUUGCAUUCCAAGCCAGUGGGGAUUGAGGGGCUGUUUAAUGGACAAACUGAAAAGCCUUCAAAUACUGAACCAGGGCAACUGCUUCUUUGUCUAAGUGAAAUGCUUUCGCUCACAGGACUUGUUUUGAGACUGUGCUUUCACUGCUUUGGAGGUCGUUUCCAAGACUUUGUAGGUCAUUUGUACUACCUUGGACUUUUUUGACUCUGUUAGUGUUGGCUGUUCAGGUGGAAAUAUUAGGAGAUGCCUUGAGAGAGAAGAAUGGGUGGAGCAGCAAGGUGUGUGGGUCUGACAGGUGAUGUGCAGGAGAAGACUGGGGAAGUUAGAGUGAGGGUGUUUGUGUUUGAAUGUGACAUUCUACUCACCUUCCCUGUUCUGAUGAGGUCAUUGAAUCUCUUUCAGCACCACAGCUGUGAGUGAGGAACUGCACUUGUGCUGCUCACCACCUCUCCCACUGCCAGUCCUGCCUGUUUUGUUUCGGAGUUUGGCCUCUUCCUCCCAUCCACUUGGAGGAGUAUCUCUCUUUGGAAUCUAACAGCCCACGUACUCUCUCCUGGAUCUUCAAAGAACUGGUGCGGGCGAGGGGCUGGCGGUGUGAGCAGCCUUCCCACUGAGGCUCCAUCAUAUCAGUUAUUGUCUUGACAGUUGUAGCAUGGAUCCAUUCUGUCCCUUCAAAAUAAAUAGUGAGGCUUGAACAUCAGGUGUGUGUUGUGAUCAAUCCCACACACACUGGCUGUGAAAGCUGAAAGUGGGAUGCUCAUGCCAUGCAUAUGUUUUUUUUUAAAAAUGCCCUGGUAAACCUGCUCCAUUAAUAUUUGGGUUCCGAACCUGCUGUCAACAAACAGACCUCCCCCAACACCCCGAUGUGAAUAGGUUAAUCAGAUAAAAUUCUGCCCAAUGUUACCCAAUUCUGCUGCAAGGUGUAUUAAUAUCAGAACUCGUUUCCUUCUCAGAAUUCACAUGUGAAAGGAAUUUGUACUGUUUCAUAUCUUGCCAUAAGAAGUUGUUGUUUGUGUUCUUUUUAGUCUUGCUAUUGUGGGAGAUUGAUGCCUUGUUAGAUCCAAUCAAGCACUUGCUCCUCAUCAAGUUGUAGUCUGUUCAUCUGGGUAUUAUCGAAAAUUGGUAGCUGCUCCGUCUCAUUAAGGGUUUUCUGGCCUGUUGGAUAAGCAUAAGAUACUUCAACUUUCCAAUGUAAAAAAUAUCUAAGCAAGCAUGUACAGGCUUUCUAGGCUACUGCUUACAAUGAAAAUAGGAAAUUCAUCUCUAAAUACAUAAAAUUAUUAGAAGUGCUUCAUCAGAGUUCUGAUGCAUGGCUUACACCGGAAUUAUGAACUUGUCACUGCAGAUACUGACUAGUUUGUUGAGUGUUUACAGUAUUUUCUGUUUGUAUUUCAGAUUUUCAACAUUUACAGUUUUUUGCUACUUAUAAAAUAAGCAUUAAUUUUGUACCCUAUGAACAAGUCCAACUUUAAUAUAUCUGACAUUUUCAACUUAAUAUAUUGUAUACAAAAACAAUACUGUGGAUGCUGGAGAUCUGAAAUAAAAACCGAAUAUUGGAAAUA